AUGCAUAUUUCUAAAGGCAAACGAAUGAGAGUGAUGCUGACAAUUUUGUCUGUUGUUGAUUUUGGAUAUUGUUUUGAUAAUAUUACAUAUCUUACUGUGAUACUUUCUUGCAUACUUGUUUUGUGUAGUAUUGGUACUUAUAUUAUACAAUAUUAGUCAGUGUUUUAUUUGCGAAUAACAAAAUUUUAUCACAAAUUAUAAUCACUAUGUAUUACGGAAAGGAAUUAAUAUUAUAUGGGCCAACACCUACGUGGCCAAUAUUAUAUCUUUACAAACUGAUUGGGUCUCAAAACUACAUUUUUUUAUUAUUAUUUUCGAAUCAAAUAGUAUUCAAUUAACUUGAUUCGUUAUGGAUUUAUAGUAUCAAAAGGAAGGAUCAUCAUAGCAUUUAAUUAAUCUUGAUAUUAUUAUUAGAAGGUUAUUCCUUUUUUCUCAAAUAAAAAUCAUCUUAUUUUUGCAAAAACUUGUUGAUAAAGUAGUUUAAGUAGGAAUGCGUGCUUUAAAUCUAUGAUUUGAAUUAAAGAAAUAUUUAUGAAAAUACACAUUCGCUACCAAUAACAAAUAGGCUUUAAACAGAUAAUACUUUAAUAGGAAGUCCAAGAGGGGAUAAAAUUAAUUUAAUUUAAGAGGAUAAAGACAUUCAUUAUAAAUUAUUCUUGAAUAAUGAACCAGCUUUUUCAAUAGACUCAAAUCAAUAACCUUUAUUAUAGUAUUUAAUUUUUAAAUCAACUAAAGAAUUACUAUAAUUUUUAUCUAAAAAUAAUAAUUAUUUUAUAAUAGCUAUUUAAAAUGAUCCACUUUUAAAUGUCAAAUUUUAAUAUUAAGUAAAGUAUUUUUCGAUAAACAAUUUACAAAUUCUUGCAUUUUUAAAGAUAGAUAGUGGUUUAUUUGCCAGAUAAAAUCAUAAGUUAUUAAAAUACAAAUAAAAUCUCAUUAAUAUUUUUAAUCAUAAACUAAAAACUCCCCUUAAUAGUGCUAUUGGACAUCUUAUUACAGCCUAAGAGGACGAUAAGGUAAUUGGAGAAAUUAAAAAGAUGUAUUUGUAACCAGCCCUAUUGAAUUGUAGGUUAUAAUUAUAUUUAGUUUAAGAUAUUUUGGAUUAUCUAUCAAUUGAAAUUGAAUAAUUGCCUCUGAUGAACAACAAAACUAAUUUAAAAACAUUAUUAUUAGAAAUUUACGAUCUAAUUGAAUAUUAAUGUAAACUAAAAAAUAUUGAUAUUUUAUUUACUAUUAAUAAUGAAAACUUUAAAAAAGUAGAUAAUAAAUAAUUAUUUAUAUAUACAGAUUCAAACAAAUUAAUGAGAGUAUUGUUAAAUAUUUUAAAUAAUUCUUAUAGAUAUACUGAGGAAGGAGGUUGUAUCACCUUAGAAAUUAAAUUAGAUUAAUUGAAUAAGAUUACUUAUUUUUCUAUAACUGACAAUGGAUAAGGAAUUGAAGAAGAAUAAAUUAAAAAAUUAAAUUGUUAAUUGAAAUCUUUCGACAGCAUUACUUUUAACAAGUUAAAUAAAUAAUAAGAUAAGAAUCCUAAUAUAAAACUGGGAUUAAGUCUCUUUCUAACUAAUAAACUUAUUAAAUUAUUGAGUGGGGAUAACAGUUGUUUAUAAUUAAGAAUAUCAAAUAAUCAAUUAUUUUUUACAUUUUCAAUCAAUAAUAUUCAAGAAAUCCAAUCAGCAAGUUCACUUGGAAAAUCUAAACAUAAUAGUUUUGUAAAAUAAAAAUCAUUAAGAGGUUUAAAUAACAAAUUUAAUAGCUAAUCCAGUCCUAGAAUUUCCAAAUUUAAAUAAAAUUCAUAAAGAUAAAUCGAUAUUAAGAAUUAUAAUUCCUUAAGAUUGAUUUAUGAGUGUGAUAUUCAUAAUGAACCCUAACCUUAGGUUCCAUAUAAGAUUACUAUGCAUUAAAACAAUCAAAAAUUUCAUCAUCAAAGAUAAAGAAUUAAAACAACAAGAAAAUCUUUAGAAUCUUAAUUUAGAUCUAGAGCAACUAGUUUUAGAACUCAUAAGAUUGAACAAAUAAUUAGAUCAGAAUAAGUUUAAUAACAAUAACAAUANUAAAGAAUUACUAUAAUUUUUAUCUAAAAAUAAUAAUUAUUUUAUAAUAGCUAUUUAAAAUGA